ACAACACUCUGAAGAACAAGAUGGAACUGGAGCUGGAAAGGCCCCUGGAGCAGCGGGAGAAAGACCGACAACGCCAGCGAGAGAUGCAGCUACUGAAGAGGAAAAACACAGAACUCGCCUCCAUCACCAGGAAGCUGGAGGAGAAGGUCAAGAAUCUUGAGAAGAAAACGAAGGAGUCCCCAGCCACGGAGCGUAGGAAUCUGCUGUUGGCUCGUCAGAGGGAGAAGGAAGCUCUCUACGAGAAGCAAUUGCUGGAAAGAGACAAGGAGAUCCAGAGACUGAAGCAGAGAAUGAAGGAGCUCGUCAGGAAGCUCACUGGCAAGAACGGAGAGAUCACACGGGCUCAAAGUACCUUGGAACUGGAGCAGAUCAUUCGUACCGUGACCAAGGAGAGGCUACAACUUGAGAGGCACCUGGCUGCUGCUAGCGAGGUGAGUAUCCCAUCAUGACAACAGUUAGGAUUA